UUGAUCGGUUGACUGAAGGAGGAGAACCAGGAAACACAAAAUCUGAUGCCAUGGAUCCACCACCAUACUCAGGAAAGGAACACCUUUCAGUUGCUGCUCUGAAUCAUCCCGCUGGACCACCACCAUACUCUAUGGAUAAUACAGCACCUUCUGCCCUGCCACCCCCAUACCAAACUAUUUACAUAUCCCCUGAUGCAGGAUACAAUCAAGGUCUGUUUGUUCAACCUCAGCAAGCUAUAAUCAUCACCCCAUCCCAGCCAACUAAGGAACCCGAGUUUUUGGGCUACUCCAUCUUCACCAUGCUUUGCUGCUUUCUACCCCUAGGCGUCACUGCCUUGGUUUUCUCAAUACAGACUCGGCAAGCUAACAAAGUUGGCGACCGAACAGCUGCACAGCGACUCUCCAUGUUAGCCCGGUCCUUUGCCCAUUUAGCUCUGGGGGUUGGAAUCUUAUUAACAUUUGUGUACAUCACUAUAAUUGCCAUUGUUUUAAUUAGAGCAAAUCACCACUUUCCUUAAGGCCCUAAAGAAACCUCAUCCGACUCAAUCCAUCAGAAUAAAUUCCCUGGAGACAGC